CAGAACGAUCAGAACCCAAUCAGAACCACGUGACUGAAACCGCUGAAACUACCUAUUACCACUAUUACUACUUACUACUACUAGUCAUAGGACUCCCUCAUGGCGAAGUGCUAGCACUACUACGUAGUUUUGUACAACAUAGUAACGAUCGCGGUCUAUUCAAAACGUGACUACUAAGAAGUAAUAUACGAAUGUGCACGAAUACGUGUGCCCGUCAGUAGCACUAAGUUACUGCGCGGGCGAACACCGCUAAUCCCUCAGCACGCUGUGUAUCAGACAGCCGGGCGCCAAACCAAACUAAAGCCGCCGAAGCCAAAGUACAAGUGGUAAUCGGCUGGUAAUCGGCGUUCUUGAAAAGCCUAUGCUUCUGUCCCACAUUUUACAAGGUGCCGGAGUGAACACACAUAUCACUAACACUAAAAAUGUCCGUGAAGCCGCGCAACAACCCGGAUGUUCCACCUGUUACGUUGGACGACUUUUUGCGCGAAUGGUCCACAGAUCCGCUCCCUAAAUAUGCCAAUCCCAACUGCAGCGGUCAAAGGAGCCACGAAUGCAGAGUGUGUGGUGAUCGUUACCUCUACCCUUCGAGCCUUCGACGUCAUCUGGCACGCAAGACCUUCCUUGCACGUCUGCCAUGCCGCACCUGUCGAAUUUGUCACCUAGCAUUUAAUAGAUGCGCACUCAUCCUCCGGGCUCAGCGCUGCAAGUUGAAGGCAACUGCCGCCACACUGACUUCCUUACCGCAGGACGAACCUCUUGUCCCACUUGACGUUGGCGACGACGACGACAUCACGGAGAAAGCGCAAGAUGUGCCGAUGACGACUUUAGAAAAGGUCCUGCAGAAUGCUGCCUGUUCCGAGUGUUCUAUAGAGUUGGCGGAUUCGGCUGCGAGAGAAGACCACUUUCAUGCUUCGAGGGGCAAUCUUCUAAAGUGUGGAGAGUGUACCAUGGUGUGUACAUCAGAAUGUGCACUCAAAGCUCAUAGGAGGCUGCACACUCAAGGCAGACCAUUUGUAUGUCCGGAGUGUGGCACAAGGACCAACAAGCCAUGGGCUGUGUUUGAAAGACACGUAACUCAGCACUGCCAUCACUACGAGCGAAUCGUUGGCUACCACUGUCAACUGUGCCCGGCGCUGUUACUUGAUCAGGGUGAACUUGCAAGCCACAUUGUUGACACCCAUAGCAACCCCCUGCAUAAAUGUCAGGCAUGUCCCAUGGCAUUUGUGACAUUAGACAGCUUCCACAACCACAGGAGGACUACUCACCCGAAGCUGCGUUCUCAGUGUUGGAUCAUCCUCAAGUGCCCCCUAUGCGAGGCAGUGUUUGCCUCCUCUGACCUGCUGACAUCACACGUCGGGGGACACCUGGAUCGCUGUGGCCGUUCUCUUUUCCGUUGCACCGCGUGCGAUUCUCUGCAGCCCACCCGAUCCGACUUGGUUGCCCACGUAGGGAAAUGCCACCCUGGGCUACAUGAAACAUCCACCUUGUUGGAAGAGGCCGACAGCCCUGCAGCUCUGACAGCAAACUUUAUCGUGUUGCUGGACGAUGACUGCAAGCCGGGUGGAGAUGAUAAGGAUAAGAUAAAGGAAACUCCAGCGGAUCGAAAACCAGCACAAAGGCAAAAGGUUUCCCAGGAUGACAUGCCCCUGUCGGCACUCGCGAAGAGAAGGAAGUCUUCGACAGAUGUUGAGGAAGAACAGCAAGAUGCUAUGCAGAGACACUACAACUGCGCAAAAUGUGCAUUCACAACUCAGAACACUGCUGAAUUUCGCGACCACAUUGUGCAACACCGACCACAUGACCUCGACUGCUUCCAGUGUCCGGAGUGUGGCCUGUGCUACGUCGUUGAACCGUCGUUGCGCAAGCACCUCCUCAGUGUGCACAGGAUCAGCGAAGCGGAGGACAAGGUGGGGAGCAAGUCCCGAAGCUCUUCAGUCAGUGGGUACCAGUGCACUGUGUGCCUCGCAGCAUUUGACACAGAACGAGAACUUAAGAGCCAUUCUCGUACACACGGCAUGGCUUUCUUACGCAAGGUCACAAACAAGGAGUCUGCGUGAUUCUCGCGAUAGCUAUGUUGCGCGUGUUACCACGUUAUGUUAGACAAAAAAUGCUUGAUGUUUGCUGCAUCACAUGCAAGCCGUAGAACCAGCACAGAAAAAAACAUGACACGGCAGAGCCUUAUCAUACAAAACAUUUUAAUCGAGGACCUAUUCAUCUGCUGUACAGCUCAAUUCAAAACUUGACAAUGGGAAUUUCUAAACAUGUGUGACACAUUUUAUGCUUCUUUUGUUUCUUCGUCCUCUUGUGACUCCACAAUGUCAAUCUGAAAAUGGUACAAACUGGGCAUUGUUAAGUUAAACCGAAAUUCACGAGUCUUUGAAGCAAUAAAGAAAAUUAUCAACAUGA